UCGAAUUUGAAGUGUCAGUGUCCGUUCAUUCAUAAUUCAUUUUCAUACUGAGGUCUAGAAUAGUUGAAAUAAUUGAACUAUUGCAAGGAAAGUGUGAAGUUUAAUUAUAAAUUAUAGUAAUAGUGAACAAUUCACUACAGUGUGAUCUGACUUUUAUACAAAUAUAAUAGGGUAUUAUAAUCAUGGAGCAGGUAAAUCAAUUAAAAGAGAAGGGUAACGCGGCUUUGGCGUCCGAGAAUUAUGACGAAGCAAUUAAUUAUUACACUAGUGCAAUAGAAUUAGAUCCAAAUAACCACGUUUUGUAUAGUAAUCGGUCAGCAGCAUACGCUAAGGCUAAGAAGUAUUCGGCAGCACUAGAAGACGCUGACAAAACCGUGUCAUUGAACCCUUCUUGGAGCAAAGGUUACUCUCGAAAAGGUAGUGCAUUAGCAUACCUGUGGAGAUUCGAUGAAUCAAUCGAAGCGUAUGAAAAGGGCUUAGAACUUAACCCUGGAAACGAACAGUUGCUCGCGGGGUUGGAAAACGUGAAAACGCAAGCUGAGGAAGCUAAAAUAAGAUCAGAUGCUUUAUUUGAGAAGUUGAAAACAGACCCUCAAACAAGAGAAUGGCUGAAGGAUCCAGAAUAUGUUAAAAUGGUCAAGAGAGUAAAUCCGAAUGAUCUGUCAACUUUAGAUCCUUACCUGUCAGACAUGCGUCUGCUGCAGACGAUAUCGGUCAUGCUAAGUCUAGAUAUUGGCACACCAAUGGACGUCGAUCCACCUGCGCCGACCCCUAAACCUGCUCCCCAACCCGAAAAGGAGGAGCCCCCCAAACCGAAGUAUGAAGAUCUUCCACCACACCGCGUAUCUGCCUUACAAGAAAAAGACUUAGGUAAUGAAUAUUAUAAGAAGAAGGACUUUGAGAACGCGCUAGUUCACUACAACAAGGCCAUCGAACACGACUCGACGGACAUCACGUUUUACACGAACAUAGCGGCUGUAUUCUUCGAACAAAAAGAAUAUGAGAAGUGUAUUAAGGAAUGUGAGAAAGCAAUCGAAAUUGGUAGAGAGAACAGAGCCGACUUCAAGCUGAUCGCGAAGGCUUUCACUAGAAUCGGUAACGCCUACAAAAAGAUGGAACAAUGGAAGUUAGCGAAGACAUAUUACGAGAAGUCGAUGUCGGAGCACCGCACGCCCGAGAUCAAGACCCUCCUCAGCGAAGUAGAAAAGAGAAUUAUCGAGGAGGAGAAGAAGGCGUACGUUGAUCCAGUUAAAGCGGAGCAGGAAAAGGAACUGGGCAAUGACUACUUUAAAAAGGGUGAUUACAGUACAGCGAUGAAGCAUUACACAGAAGCGAUUAAGCGUAACCCGGACGACCCUAAGCUGUACUCCAAUCGUGCCGCUUGCUAUACCAAGCUGGCUGCCUUCGAUCUAGGUCUCAAAGACUGCGAGCGAUGUUGUAAACUAGACCCUAAGUUUAUUAAAGGCUGGAUCCGAAAGGGAAAGAUUCUUCAAGGUAUGCAACAGCAAGCGAAAGCCUUAAAUGCCUAUCAAAAAGCGCUUGAGUUGGAUCCCAGCAAUGCAGAAGCACUUGAAGGCUACCGGGCCUGCUCCACACAGCUCAACUCAAACCCUGAGGAGGUCCGCAAGCGCGCCAUGGCCGACCCGGAGGUGCAGGCCAUCCUGCGCGACCCCGCCAUGCGCUGCAUCCUGGAGCAGAUGCAGCAGGACCCGCACGCGCUGCAGGACCACCUCAAGAACCCCGACAUCGCGGCCAAGAUCCAGAAGCUGCUCGAGUCGGGCCUCAUAGCCAUUCACUAGCCAUGCCUUGAAAGCGUUAUGCGUUGGGAUUGAUUUUUAAUGUUAACGCGAUUGACUUAUUUUUAAUAUUAUGAUUCUUUUAAAAUUUAUGAUUGCUGGUAACAAAUCUCUCACAGCCCACGAGUUUUUUCUUUCAGCGAACGAGUUACGUGUGCUUUAGAAUCGAGCUUGUCUUUAUAUUUGGGUCACAAGAAAUAUUCCGUUGUCGACGUACCGCCUACGAAAACCAAAUGCUACUUUUUGAGUAGAGAAUCGUUAACACCGAUAUCGUUUAAAAACCAAUCCCAAUAUUAUAAAGUGAUUCUCAAUUUUAUGUAUUUUGAUAAAUCGCGAGAAAACUAAAGUAUAAGUUAAAUAAUUUACGCCUACUUAAAUAGAUUUACGAGGUUUGUUUUAAAUAAUUAAAAUAAAUAUCUGAGACACCGAUGUUGUUUUAAGCUUGUUUGAAAAAUAUUUAGGGUUGAAGUUUUUGUAGGAUCUAAUAAUGGAAGUGAUAUUUUAGCGGCAAGCAUUCAAACAAAAACAAAAGACAGUCCGAAGGUCAUAAAGUGUUGCUGUCCGAAAAACUCGAUUACUAUUAUUUCAAAGUCAACAUUUUUAAAAGGAAUUGAUACCGGGCAAUAUAAAUGGUUAUUUACAAUGAAGUUUCAGUUCUUUUAUCUAUUGACAUAUAUAUAUAUAAAAUUAAAGUUGCUUAAAAUAUAUUGAAUCGAGCGUUUUGGAUAGUUUCACUUUUGUUAGUUAUCAUUGUGUGUAUUUACAAACUGCUUGCGGUAACACAUUAAUGCUCUUCCCCUGACAUUCUAUAUCAUAAGACAUCGUACGAUCGCAUACGAUGUUUCGCGACGUCUCGACUGUUCCCGCAGCGCCUCUUUCUUCGCCGAGUGUUUACAGUCGGCAUUAUCGUUUCUGAAGAUAACCGUAUUUGAAAAGCAAUUGGAAUGAACUUGCGAAGUAUCGUAUGAAUGUUUGUCGUUAGUGCCACGAUAUAGUUUUAUCAUUCACAGUCUGACUGUGGUUUGUCUAAAAAUUUAAGGCUUCUUCUCUCGUAGGCUAUUGUAAACCAUUCCAAAGUACGCUUCACCUAAAACGCUAAGUAGUGACUCGGUGAACUAUUGUUUUAGGAUUUAUUCAAUGUUUAUUUGAAAUGGUAUUUUAUGCGAGUAUACUGCCUGCACUUGCGAUUUCAUAAUUUAUUCAAUAAAGGAACAUGUAGGCAUAA